AGAGGUCUUUAGGACCCAGCAGGCGGCGGCAGGCGGCAGUUGUGUAGAUCACUGAGAGACUACGAGGGUCCGGUUCAGUUUUAAUUCUGUCUCUAAUCUCCGCAACAGCCGCGCUUCCUGGGUCCCGCGGCUCUCCUACCCACUCAGGCGCCGCCGCCGGCCGGCGAAAAUCAGAACCGCCCGCCCCCUCAUCACCCACCAUGGAAACCCUCCAAGAAAAAGUGGCUCCGGACGCGUGUGCCUGAGGAUUCCUCACAAAAGAGGUGCCCAAAAUGAAGACCCUGAUGCGCCAUGGUCUGGCUGUGUGUUUAGCGCUCACCACCAUGUGCACCAGCUUGUUGCUCGUGUACAGCAGCCUCGGCGGCCAGAAGGAGCGGCCCCCGCAGCAGCAGCAGCCGCCGCAGCAGGCGGCGGCGACCGGCAGCGCGCAGCCGUCGGCGGAGAGCAGCCCCCCCUCGAGGCCCCGGGCCCCCGCGGGACCGCAGCCGCUGGACGGAUACCUCGGCGUGAGGGACCACAAGCCCCUGAAAAUGCACUGCGGGGACUGUGCCUUGGUGACCAGCUCGGGGCACCUGCUGCGCAGCCGGCAAGGCCCCCAGAUAGAUCAGACGGAGUGUGUCAUCCGCAUGAAUGACGCCCCGACGCGUGGCUAUGGGCGCGACGUGGGCAGCCGCACCAGCCUGCGGGUCAUCGCGCAUUCCAGCAUCCAGAGGAUCCUCCGCAACCGCCACGACCUGCUCAACGUGAGCCAGGGCACCGUGUUUAUCUUCUGGGGCCCCAGCAGCUACAUGCGGAGGGACGGCAAGGGCCAGGUCUACAACAACCUGCAGCUCCUGAGCCAGGUGCUGCCGCGGCUGAAAGCCUUCAUGAUCACGCGCCACAAGAUGCUGCAGUUCGACGAGCUCUUCAAGCGGGAGACGGGCAAAGACAGGAAGAUCUCCAACACUUGGCUCAGCACCGGCUGGUUCACGAUGACGAUCGCGCUGGAGCUCUGUGACAGGAUCAAUGUGUACGGCAUGGUGCCCCCAGACUUCUGCAGGGAUCCCAAUCACCCAUCAGUACCUUACCACUAUUAUGAACCAUUUGGACCUGACGAAUGCACCAUGUACCUCUCCCACGAGCGAGGACGGAAGGGCAGCCAUCACCGCUUCAUCACAGAGAAACGCGUCUUUAAGAACUGGGCACGGACAUUCAACAUUCACUUUUUUCAGCCAGACUGGAAACCAGAAUCACUUGCUCUAAAGCCUCCGGAGAAUAAACCUGUGUUCUGAGCAGUGAGGGUGCCAGACCAAAACCCCAAGUACCUACUGCAUCAGACGCCAGGGCGCUGAACUUCCAGAGCCGGCAGACACACGAGAGGGACGGGACCGGGAGCAAGAAACUCCUCCAUGACCAACACGUGCAGAUGGCUCGGAGGCAGGACCGCCAAGCACUGCGGUUGGUGUGUAAGGAGAAAAUUCCAGAAUUACUGUGUCCACACGAGCGUCCUCCCUUGCAAAAAGGGUUACUUGAGGAGCUAAACACCCAUGUCAGUGAUGCUGCGGUGAUCUAAAGAACAUUCUGGAUCUCUUUAAGUAUCGCCUUCAAAACCGAAGCACGAGCAACUCAACGAUGUUAGUUGUGUUCCUUUGUAGAAAUGCCACAUCGAAAGACCUUUUUCUAUUAAGUUGUAUCCUAACCUGAUCUAUAAUCUUUGUCAUCUGUUGGGCUCUGUAUGUGUGAUUUGUAAAAAGCGAUCUGAAAGUGUGGACAUGAUUUCUGAAGAGCACAUCUCCACUGACUUUCAUAAAGCAAAUGCCCAAUAUUUAUUUAUUAAAAGUUUUUUAGUGUACUCUAGGCCAGUAUUUUUAUAGAUUAUGAUUAUGUGGUAAUUUAUCCUUCUUAACUCUUUAACCCUGAAUGAUGGUUGGAAGAGACCUAGAAUGGGGCUGGUGAGUGACUGGGUUCACGACACUCAUGGUUAGCAGUUGAUUGGCUUGGAAAUGUCACGUUGGCGUUUUUUGAACCCUUGGGCUUCAAGAAGAGCUAUGACAUUUUCUAAUGUAAAGAAAUGUUCCAAAUGACAAAACCGAAAACCAAAAACUGUGUUGUUACAACAAAAAGAUACUAACAAAAGAAACUUAAAGAUAGUUGUCUUUAGUAAUAGUUGGUGUAGGUUACUUGGCAUAAACCCUAGUUUCCUCGUGUGAGGAUGAUGUCCCUGUACCACAUGACAGUGUAAGUUUCCUUCCAAAUCUAAAAUUCUGUAAGCCUCUCCUUGACCCACUUGAGAACCUUACACUUGGAUUGAUAGGGUUUCUUCAGUAGCAAAAGCCUGACUUUUGGGGGUCUUUUCUUCCCCUACUAUUUAUCUCCCUCUGUGGUUAAAAACACAACUUCCUCACUGGUCCCCAUUGGCUACAGUCUACCCCCAUGCUUUUCUGGUGUUUCUUGAACCCCAAAAACGGGGAGGGCAAAAAACUAAGAGAGAGAGAACCUCUGUGGUGUUCCCUGGCUAUAGGAGCAAGGAACAGUCCUUCUCUGAAUCUGUGAGAAGAGAAGACAAGGAGCUUCCCUAACAGACGACUCAUUUAUCCUGUGAACUAUUCAGAUUCACUCACUGCAAGUCUCACAUGAUAGUCACAGCCAUUCCCUGGUCUGGAGGAGUAUGAAGGACUUAUUUUAUCCAGAGCCAAGAGAUUAGUAUGAAGGACCUUCAUUUAAGCAAGUGAUAUUCCUCAAAAUUAGUCUUUUUAAAAAUAUACCAGUGGGGUUUUUUUUUUUUCCACAUGACUUAGAAGGCAUGCGCUUUUCCAAUGCCACAUUCAAAGGCACCAGCAAGUAUUAUGUGUGGAGACCGACAUUGUUUCACAGAACCUGACCUGACCUGUGACUAA